AUGCCAACCAGGAAGAGACAAGCUGAUACAAUUGCCAAAAGACAUUUUGGCAAAGAAGUGUUUGACAUGUGCUGGAGCACUGCAUCUGAGCCAGUGCCAUCAGUGGAAACACUAACUGCUUCAUCAUCUGCUAAACCCCACUAUGGUGGGCAAAUGCCAAUGAUUGAUGCACCAGCCAAAGCAUCAUCCCCAGCUGCAGGAUACCAAGGUGCAGCAGCUGCAGCCACAUAUGAUCUAUGCUGGGAUGAUAAACCUCAGUCAACAACUGCUGAUUCAGGUCAUAUCUUCACACCCUCAGCUGCCAGUCAGUAUGACAUGCAUUGGGAUGGCCAACCAGCAAUGUUAGCUGCAGGAUACCAAGGUGGUUUUGACAUGUGCUGGGGAGACUCACCAUCAGAUGGAGGUGGUGAAAAUGAAGGUAACUCAGCAGCCAACAAUGCAGAAUCCUUAAGGAGUCAAGACACUCAGGUGUCAAUGGCUCCCUCUUCAGCACCAACUGAAGGCUCAGUGAUGGCAAGGGUUGAAGCUGGGAAGGAAUUGGUGUGCCAAGCCAGUGACCAGCUGGCAAGGCUUGAUACCAUGAUAAGAGAUAAUGAAAGCCCAGCUGCCACAGAGAUCCCUGAUGGCAACCAGGGCUUGUUGUCAAAUUAUCAAUCCACCAAUGAUAUCGCUGAGAUUCAACACUUGCUGCAAAUGUUUAGGCAGAUUGAUGAUCCACUGACUGUAUUGGAGCUAGCAUUGCUCCUGGUGCCCUUUGCUAGUGCAUCAGAGGGAACACUGGUGGCUAAUCUGGCAACAUUGGUCUUCCCCAGCAAACACUCUUGGGGUGGCAGCACUGCCUCUCAGUCACUGUCUUCAGCAUUUGUGUGGUUGUGGGGGGCAUUUUUUGACCUGCAGUGGGAAUGCCUCUACUUCAGUGGACACUUGGUGGACCUCAGUUGUGCCUUGGGAAUUACAGACAGUGUAGUCAUGGUCACCAAUGCCUUUUUAGUAGGCCUAGGCCUAGGGCUCUUAUUGAGAAAGCAUUCUGCCCUUGUCAUCAAUCCAGGCUUUAAACUUGAAGUCCUACCAAAAUUCCAAGAUGGCAUUGGUGUCAGUGCAGUGCAUUUUAGAUGGCUCCAAGAUCUUGGUAUCUUCAGGACACUGGGACCUUUGGUUUUCCACAACAUAGUCCUGUUGCAACCAGUAUCAGAUAAUGAUACAGGUGUCAGUCAUCUGGCUUAUGGUAAUGAAUGGUAA